AUGGAAUCUUUGCCUGUGGCCACAUCCACGCACUUGCAUUUGGAAGCUUGCGAUGCCACCAAGCGUGCUGGCGCUUAUGCCUUGCGCCAGAUGCGGGAUGAUGGUCACUGGUAUGGUGAAAUGAAGUCCAAUGCCACCAUUACUGCGGAAUAUGUCUUCCUCGCACAAGCCCUGGGGUUCAGCAUCGAGUCAGACCGGGAUGAUCUCGUCAAGUAUUUCCUUUCCGAGCAAAACAAGGACGGUUCGUGGAGCCUUGCAUAUGAUUACCCAGGAGAUGUUUCCACCACCUCAGAAGCAUAUUUCGCGUUGUGUCUGUUGGGCCUUGACCGAAAUCAUGAAGCGAUGCGUCCCGCACGGGAGUUCAUCCUCUCGAAGGGCGGCAUAGCGAAGGUACGCGUCUUUACUCGGAUGUUUUUUGCUUGCUUUGGGCUUUUCCCUUGGUCUGCAGUGCCCGAGUUGCCAGCCGAAUUGAUCUUGCUUCCUGAUGCCGCCCCCUUAAGCAUUUAUCGACUGGCAAGCUGGGCGAGAGCGACAGUCAUACCAAUGCUCGUUAUUCGACAUCAUUGCCCAAUAUAUGCUUUGCCAAAUGGAAAGUCUGCGUCUAAUGAUUACUUGGAUGAACUCUGGAUCAACCCAGCACACAAGAUGGUUCAAUAUGCCCCUUCUGUAUGGUCAUUAUGGAAUGACCUUACGGCGCUUGGGUUUACACUGGUCGAUAAUAUUCUGAAAGCUUUAGGUGGUUUGCGGUGGUUCCCCCUGAGGAAGGUUGCACUUCAAAAAUGUGUGGCUUGGAUCCUGGAGCGUCAGGAGCCUGAAGGUGAUAUCGGAGGCAUCUUUCCCCCCUUGCAUGCUGCAUUGUUUGCACUUACGCUUGAGGGAUAUGGUCUGGAGUCUAGUCCUGUAAGCCGAGGCAUUGAGGCUCUACAAAACACCUACGCCUGGAGAGAUAGCACUGGCUUGAGAAUACAAGGGUGCAUCUCGCCGAUCUGGGAUACCAUCCUCAUGACCAUUGGUCUUAUUGACUCCAGUCUACCGGCCACAAGCCCAAUCGUUACAAGGUCAUCACAAUACCUCAAGGCACGUCAACAGCUAGGACCUGAAGGCGACUGGAGAGUGUAUAAUCAAAACGUUCCACCCGGCGGAUUCAGCUUCGAGUACUUCAACUCGUGGUAUCCAGAUGUCGAUGACACUGCCGCGGCAAUCUUAGCACUGGUGAAGCAAGAUCCAAACCUGUUGGACCUAAACCCGAUACUAUCCGCAGUCCAAUGGACCCUCGGAUUACAGAACAGGGACGGUGGAUGGGCAGCAUUCGAUAGGGGGAACAAUUAUUUGUUCCUGAACAAAAUCCCCUUCAGUGACAUGGAGAGUUUCUGCGAUCCAUCUACAGCUGAUGUGACUGGACGUGUCCUUGAGUGCUUUGGCCUGUUAGUAAAACGCGGCAACGCGCUAUCCAAAACUGCGAAAAAUCCGAUUCCUAAGGAAUUCAUUGAUAGAAUGGCUUCAGCCACUGAGCGGGCAAUCGACUUUCUGUCCAGGGAACAAGAGCCUAAUGGGUCAUGGUUCGGUCGUUGGGGCUCGAACUACAUUUAUGGAACUAGUACGGUACUUUGCGGGUUGGUUUAUCACCUAGAAGGUUGGGAUGACACGUACCCCAUCAUGGAGAAGAGGCACAAGCCUGACACUCAUGCUGCCUUGGACUGGCUCAAAAGAGUGCAAAAUUCCGAUGGCGGAUGGGGCGAGCGCCUCGAAACAUACUAUGACCUUAGCCUGGGUGCUAAUGGGCCAUCCACAGCAUCGCAGACGGCCUGGGCAUUGAUGGGCCUACUUGCAUAUCUAGCUCCUACAGAUCCAUCAAUCACUCGAGGCAUCCAGUACCUCUCACGGACACAGAUCAAAGAGGGGGAGCUCUCCGGGUCAUGGAAGGAGAACCACUACACAGGUACCGGCUUUCCGAACCAUUUCUUUCUUUGCUAUACCCUCUACUCUCAAUACUUUCCCAUGAUGGCACUGGGUCGGUACACUCGUCUCUCCGGAUACAAACCAUUGGAAGAUUUGGAUAGUACAGCGGAAGACCCUACAUCUAAAUAA